CCUGCUAGUGGUCAACCAGUACUCUGUGGUUACACCUGCUGACUCCAUAUAUGAACUCAAUCCCUACUGUCAUCGCCAAGGCCUCCGCCCUCCACAACCCCAUCAUCUACCCGGGGGGGGGGGUGAACUGAGGAAGAAGGUGAAGGCCUGCAGGAAGUGGUUGUGAUGGAAGGUAUUGAUAAGACAGAAAGAAAACGUCAUGUCCUGUUUUGCUUAUUGACGUUAAAAUGUAUUUAUAUAUUUGAUCAGUCUCUGUAGACUCUAUUGUUGUCAAUGCACAGCUGCUGUCAAUAAAGCUUGAGUGGCCUGAAGCAGUUAAUCCAUCAGAUUAGCAGCGUGCUCGUCUGUCAGCAGUUAGCAGAUAAACUCGGUGCCGCUAAUCUCCGUUAAUCAGUCGACAUGUUGGACAGAAAGAGCUCGGUCCUGCUCUCAGUGCUGCUGUGUGCGUCACUGGUGUCGUCCUUCGUGGAGGAGCUGGACGACUCCUUCAUGGAAACCAGAGGAGACGACGACAUCUGGCUUAUCAAAUUCUACGCCCCCUGGUGUUCCUUCUGUAAACAGCUGGAUCCUGUUUGGCAUCAGAUUGGAUCAGAACUGAAGAGUCUUGGUUCUCCAGUCAAUGUCGGCAAAUCAGACGCCACCGCCAACACCGGUUUGGCAGAAGAGUUCAAGGUCAGAGGUUAUCCAGCCAUCAUCAUGUGGAAGAAAAACUUGAAAUAUGUUUAUUCAGGAAAAAGAACAAAAGAAGAAAUAAUGGAGUUUACACAUCGAGUGUCAGGGCCCUCAGUUCGAUCUCUGAACAGUCUGCAGCUUUUCCAACACGCAAUGAGCCGCCAUGAUGUCAUGUUUGUGUAUGUAGGAGCCACAUCACAACUGAAGGGAAACUUCUCGGCUGCUGCAGAACAUCUGAUCGUUCACACCAACUUCUUCUCUGCUGCCAGAGACGUUCUACCAAAGGUCAUCGCUCUGACGUCUCUGCCGGCCGUGGUUCUAUUUAAAGACGGAACCUACUUCACCUACAGCGAAGAACGUGACGGAGAACUGAGGCUGUGGAUCAACAGAGAGCGUUUCCCAAACUUCUCCAAGAUCGACAGCUACACUCUGUACGCCAUGGGAGAGACAGGUAAACUGGUGUCGCUGGUGCUGCUGGAGGAGAAGAACAUGUGUGAAAGGAGUGUGAGGUACAAAGUUCUCAUGGAGAAAGUGGCUGCAGAUUACAGAGACACCUACAGCAGAAACUUCUCCUUUGGUUUCAUGGAGGAAAACGCCUUCAUCAACGGACUGAUGAUGAAGGACGUGAUUGUACCGACGUUUGUCGUGGUUAACUUGUCCAACGAUGGUUACUUCCUGCCACAAGGCGCCGUGGAUACAGAGCAACACCUCCACGACUUCCUGAAGGGGAUUCUGGACGGCAGCAUCCCGUGUCAGGGAGGAAAUGAUGUCGUCCAACGUGUCAGACGCCUCGUCUACGACACAAAACUCCUGCUCAGUUCGCUGUUCGUCCAGGCUCCACUGCUUGGCUUCUUCCUACUCAGCUUCCCGCUCGUCAUCGCCAGCGUCUUCCUCUACCUGUGCUGUAAAGCCCGAGGCGGCGCCGGGGAAGACGAAGACGCAUCAGAACAAUGCAAAACAGUGACCAACAAGAAGUCCGACUGACGAGGACGAGCGGAAACGUCUUUGUCAAAUAAAAUCAAACCUGUUUCUUA